UGUGGGUGUCUCUUAUCUAACUGGGCAGCUGAUAGGUUUGCUUUUGGCUUUGUGUUUAGCUAUUAUUCUUAAGAUGCUACUUCUUCUCUUUUCAGGCUUUGAUUAGUAUUUUAGACACACAGCACACAUUUCUCCGGAGCUGAUGUUUUGCUAACGCUUUAGCUUAGCUUAAAAAGCUACUUUGCUGAAAUGUUUUAAAGGGUUAAAACCCUCUAGAUUUUAAAGUUAAUUAAAAGUAAUUGAAGGAAAUAUUUCUGGCCUCACCAAAGAAAUAACUGGAAUCAUGGAUCAGAACAACAGCUUGCCACCAUACGCUCAAGGAUUAGCCUCCCCUCAGGGUGCGAUGACUCCAGGAAUUCCAAUUUUUAGCCCAAUGAUGCCAUACGGCACAGGACUGACACCACAGCCUGUCCAGAGUACCAACAGUCUGUCCAUCCUAGAGGAACAGCAGCGGCAGCAGCAACAGCAACAAGCAGCACAACAAUCUACAUCACAGCAAGCAACACAGGGAACAUCUGGGCAAACGCCCCAGCUCUUCCACUCACAGACUCUUACCACAGCCCCUUUACCAGGAACCACACCUCUGUACCCCUCUCCCAUGACUCCAAUGACACCAAUAACUCCUGCAACACCAGCAUCUGAGAGCUCUGGAAUAGUACCACAGCUACAGAAUAUUGUAUCCACGGUGAACCUUGGUUGCAAGCUUGACCUAAAAACCAUUGCGCUUCGUGCUCGAAAUGCUGAAUAUAAUCCCAAGCGUUUUGCUGCUGUUAUUAUGAGAAUAAGAGAACCACGUACUACUGCACUUAUAUUCAGCUCUGGAAAAAUGGUGUGCACAGGAGCAAAGAGUGAGGAACAGUCCCGACUGGCAGCAAGGAAAUAUGCAAGAGUUGUUCAGAAACUGGGUUUUCCUGCAAAGUUUUUGGAUUUUAAAAUUCAAAACAUGGUGGGCAGCUGUGAUGUGAAAUUUCCCAUCAGAUUAGAAGGAUUGGUACUCACACACCAGCAGUUCAGCAGCUAUGAGCCAGAAUUGUUUCCUGGCUUAAUCUACAGAAUGAUCAAGCCAAGAAUUGUUCUGCUUAUUUUUGUGUCUGGAAAAGUGGUUUUAACUGGUGCUAAAGUACGAGCAGAAAUCUAUGAAGCAUUUGAAAACAUCUAUCCUAUUUUAAAGGGAUUCAGAAAGACAACGUAACAGUUUCAACAUCUUGCAGAGAAAACAGGGGUAUGUUUUACAAGAUACUGCAUAUGGCACAGCAUUAACAUGAGACUGACUUCCAGUGAAACUGCAACACCAGGACGUGGACUAUUUCCCAGUUAGUGCCUACUUUCCCUGAUGCUCAAGGGGAACUGUAUUCUUGAUUAUGUCUACUGAGUUACUGUGAGUUGCUUUACUGGGCUGUUCCUGGAGCAGUCCCUCUAAGUUUUAUUUAUAUUCUAGCUUUUAAAUAGUUUUAAUGCCAGUUCUAUUAAUAGGAAAUCCGUAAGUUGGUUUAAAAGACAAAUGCAACUGUCAUUCAGUGUAUAAACCACUUCAAUUGCCAUGUAUAUAUAUUUUAACUUCCUUCCAUAAGACCAUGGAUUUUAUAAUUUUCAAAGCUGAAACUUUUAAAUUUUUUCAAUUUUAAAUUUCUUUGGUGCCAGACACAUUCCCUCUUUCCAGUAUUAAGCAAGAAAGAAUAAAUUUAUUAAUAAAAAUGUCUCACUGUAUAUAUAUAUAUAUAAUAUAUACCUUCCUUCUCUUGCCUCCUUCAGUUCCACAUGUACAAUAAACCCUGUUUAUACAAUUAUGGGAACUGUCUUAAUGAAUUCUAAAAUCACCCAGCUGGUAGGCUGAAAUGCAUUGACAGGGUUCUUAAAAAAUUUAAUCUGGAUUUGUCAAUAGUCCAUGCACUGCUGUGAGUGACUUGUCAUUUUGAGAUUAUCUUAACACCACCAUGGCAUGCUGGCCAGCAGUCACGUCCUUGGCGGCAUCUCUCUUGAAUAUUUCUAGUACAUUAAAGCAGGAGAUGACUGCUUAAGUUUUGUGUUCAAGUAUGUAUCACCUUAUGUUCAACAUAAAGGAUUUAUGCAAGUCUUUAAUAGCUACACUUCAGUGAAUGCGAACAGAAGAUCCCUGCUUAGCUUCUACAAUUUAUUUGAAUUACUUUUUUAUUUUCCCAGAUGACAGUCUCACUAUAUUAGUGUUCCUGUAAAAUGUCAAAGCCCUCCCCACUGGAGUCAGUAUGUACAUAGUCUUCCCUCUCUGCUUGAAGCUUAACGGGCUGAGAACUAAAAAUACUUUUUUCUCCCUCCAGUAAAUUUCCAGUACCAGUAACCUCCUUUUCAUGACUUGCACAUUCAAACAGCUCUUACCUGAAAACUAACCCAAAUGUAACCAUGGUCUCUUUGUUUACGAAGUUAGUGUUUCAUCUGAGAGAAAAUGAAGUUUUGGCUGGCUUUACUACCACUCUUUACAAAGCCUUAGUGAUCUUAAUCCAUAGUCUUCUUCACUCCCCGCAGAGUGGCAUAGACCAGUGUUUCUCCAGGCAUUUCAAUAGGUGGUUUAACAGAUCUUACCAGAAAGCUGCAGUUUAAUAAUGUAGCUUUACCAGAACACAUUCAAGGUACCCAAAUACUGCACUGCCUUCAGCACCACACCACUCUGUGCUGUGAGCUAGUGAACAUAAUAGUGUGACUGUCCAUGCUUUGCAGGACCCUGAAAUGUUACCAACUUAUCUGCAUAACUCUUCAGGAGAACCUGGAGCCUUAAAGUAACUGUGGGAUGGUUUCAAUAAAAUCAGUCAAGCUGUACUAUAGCGACUUAAGAUACUGGGUUUUGUUCCAGGAUACAUACCAAGGAUUAAAAGUACCCUUUAGAAAUUAAGAUGUGUGAUAACAGAACAGCUUUUCUGUAAAACAUUCCUCACAUGCUCAUUGGAGUAUUUUUCAACAUCUAAAUGGGUUAAAAACAAAGCCG